AUGUACGAGACUUCAGAAGAUGAGUUGAGGAAAACUUUGGGGAAAGCAAACGAUUUAGUAUCUGAAAUAUUGAAGAAGAAACAUUGCCUAGCUUCUGAUUCUAACCAUGAAAAUUUGAAAAAUAUCUUGUCUGAUGGCUUGAUCUAUUUUGAAGAUUUGAUGGAUGAAGCAUCAUUACCGUCCAGUAUAAUUUUGCUUGAGGAAGAUUACACCGCUGCUAUUCAGACAAACGGUGACUUGGAUGAGAGGAUAUUUAUCAAUGAGAAUGACAGCUUGCUUGGUUCAGGGAGCUUAUCAGGAGGUGCUGUAAAGAUAGUUGGAACUGGAGCAAAGAGGAAACUCGACACAUUCACCUCUCCGGCGAAGACAACUGUUACAAGUAGCCCAUUGUCUCCUUACUGCUCUCCUUUACGUCUCUCAAAUGGCGGCAUUGCAGCCACUCCUGUCAGCACGACCAUGACUACUGCAAAAUGGCUCCGAACAGUUAUUGCUCCAUUGCCUUGUAACCCUUCGGCCGAGCUGAAAAGAUAUCUCUCGUCAUGCGACCGGGAUGUAACUGCUGAUGUGAUGAGGAGGGCUCAAAUAAUGCUCGAGGCCAUCUUUCCAAGCAGCGGGGCAGGGAAAAAUGCAAGCUUGAUGGAAAACAUAUGGGCCGAACAACGUCGAAUGGAGGCAAUGAAGCUUUACUUCAGGGUUCUGCAGGCAAUUUGCACAGCGGAGUCACAGAUUUUGAACGGAAACAAUUUAACGUCUUUGCUAACAAACGAGAGGUUUCACAGGUGUAUGCUCGCUUGUUCUGUCGAGCUUGUUCUCGCAACACACAAAACUGUGACGAUGUUGUUUCCAACUGUCUUGGAGAGGACAUGGAUAACUUCUUUUGAUCUCAGUAAGGUGAUUGAAAGCUUCAUUAGGCAUGAGGAGAGUCUUCCAAGGGAACUUAGGAGGCACAUGAAUUCUCUAGAAGAACGACUUUUGGAGAGCAUGGUUUGGGAAAAAGGAUCUUCCAUGUACAACUCCUUGACGGUAGCUAGACCAGCCCUUUCUGCCGAGAUAAGUCGAAAUGGCUUGUUAGCUGACCCUAUGCCGUCUUUGGAUGCAAUCGCUUUGCAUGUUGAAUUGUCAUGUGGGGUCUUACCUCCCACGCAACCUUGCUGA